AUGACGAUCCCGGUUGUACGGAAGAGAGCGAAGAAGCCGAAGGUGAAGACCGGCUGCCUAACCUGCAGAGCUCGUCAUUUGAAGUGCGACGAGGGUCGCCCGGCCUGCCGAAGAUGCGUGAACUCGGGCAAGGAGUGUGUGGGCUUACCCAGUCUUAAGCCGCCUAACCCAAGCCUAAUUCUCCCGAAGAAGAAUGUCCAGGAUCUGUGCCAUGACCUGAUAGUGAGGCCGUCAAUCGCAGCCCUCAAUGUUUCCGACCACGAUGCCAAUGCCUACGACUUCUUCCGGCGACAUACUUUCAAGAUCUUGCCCGGAAGCUCAUGGAAUCUCUCGUGGGAACGUCUGGCACUUCAGGCAGGCGACCACGAGCCGUCUGUCACUCAUGCUGCUAUUGCCCUUGGGUCUAUACAUAGAGCUAUGGGAUCCGAUGAAGGCGCCAUGAUAGAUUCCAACCAGUAUGACUUGGCGCUGCUGCAAUACAGCAAAGCCAUGCGCCGUCUGCAGACAUACCUGAAGACAAGUGGGGACAACUGGUCGGAUGCGAGCGUCGAAGUCGUACUACUCACAUCGCUCCUGUUCUUCUGCUUUGAACUUCUGCAUAACGAAUCCGCGCUAGCUACGGUACACCUACGGAACGGCCUGCGGAUACUGUAUGAGCGAACCCAAAAGCGUGAACAACUCUCUACCUCAAAGUCCUUGGCGGGCACGCAGGGUCGGAUGAGGCGGAGCGUUCGAAUGCAGGCGACGCCUCGGAGCAACAUGGAUGUUCUGAUGCAAGCAUUCGUGCGCUUGGGAGGCGACCUGACCACCUCGGGAGAGGAAGGCCCAUAUCUAUCGCCAAUCUACGACGAGAAGGUACCAUCCACGUUCUUAUCAAUUGAUGAAGCCAUGGUCAGCCUCGACGGAAUCGCGACUUCAGCUCAUGAGUUAUGCCACGACAUUGUUUCGCUCACCUCCAAAUACUUGACGCUGGAGCGCGAGGACUUUUGGGCAAUGGACGAAGAUAUGCGCAACUGUCUUUCGAGUGCCUACUCUCGGUCUAUCAACAUCGGUACAGCCUAUGAGACACGUCUUCAAAAGCUCAAAGAUCAACUGCGUCAGUGGAAAGCUGCUUGCGAGUGGCUUUCUAUGUCGGAACAGCGGCCGUCUGGCUACCUACUGUGCCAGAUUCAGUUCUUCUAUGUCUGGUUCAUUGUCAUGAGUCGACGUGACGCUAGCGAGAUGCUAGUUGAUCGCUUCAGUGGCGAGUUUGAUCACAUUGUCAAGCUGGCAGAGCAAUACGUGGCACUACACAGCGAUGGCCUUCCCGAUCACGAAUCAGCAGACUCAAAGCCAAAUCCAAGUGAGAGUGCUGGGCCUCGACCGCUUGGUCGCAUCGGCCACCUCUUCACGGUUGGCACCGAUGUUGUGCCCUGCAUUGGAAUGAUUGCCUUCAAAUCACGAGAUACUGCAAUCAGACGCCGAUGUCUGAACCUCCUCAAGGCCAUCAACCUUCAAGGUGUAAUGGACAGCGGCUAUCUUGCUGCCUUCAUCCACAUAGCCGCAGAUUUUGAAGAAGAUCGUGCCAGAGCUAUAACGGGCAAACCUCCUGGCGUUGACUUGCUCUGCUCCGAUGUCCCAGAAGCAGCGCGUCUGAUUGAGAUUGAACUGUCGCCUGUGAACUUCAAAACUGAAAGGCCUGGUGCCGGCAAAGCGAAUGUCGGACGAAUGGUCUAUGUCGAGCGCCGCCCAGGCCUCAACGACUUGCAGAUUGGCCAGGAAGUGUUCACUGUGGAAAGAGUAGAGUGGGCGACCGAUGCAAAGACCAACUUCAGUGGCAACAAACUCGGCAACGCCAAGUAUCUCAACCACCGCAAACUCGCAGGUUUCAGGGACGGACCAUCUUUUACUGAACUGCUGAUGUUCACACAUCGAAGCACGGGAACGUUUGGCGGCGGUCAAGAGAUUAAGAUACAGGACGCCACAGACGAGGCCGCGAAUGGAGAAGUCAGCUACACCCUCAAUUUAGCCCACAGAGGACGCAAAUCGAGCUCACAGGAAUCGGAUAUGCCGGCCAUGACCAUCGAUCCGUCCUCCAGAUCGCUCAAGGCAAUUAAAAUGGUUCGAAGACAGCGGCAAGCUGUGUCUGUCACGGAGAUUACGGGAGCAACUUGA